AAAUUCUCUUUCUUUAAAUUAUAUUCCAUCUCAUCCGCGAUGAGAUAGAUUUUAAAUUCUCUUUCUUUUCUUCUCUCUUUCCCUAAUUUCUCUGCUAAACCUCUCUCUUCCCUCAUCUCUGAUUCGAAACGAUGUCGGACGAGGAGCACCACUUCGAGUCGAAGGCCGAUGCCGGAGCUUCGAAGACCUAUCCUCAGCAGGCCGGUACCAUCCGUAAGAACGGUUACAUUGUCAUCAAAGGCAGGCCCUGCAAGGUUGUGGAGGUUUCAACUUCCAAAACUGGGAAGCAUGGACAUGCUAAGUGUCACUUUGUUGCAAUUGACAUUUUCACUGCCAAGAAGCUUGAGGAUAUUGUUCCCUCGUCCCACAACUGUGAUGUUCCCCAUGUCAACCGUACUGACUAUCAGCUGAUUGAUAUUUCUGAGGAUGGAUUUGUGAGUCUGCUGACUGAUAAUGGUAGUACUAAGGAUGACCUGAGGCUUCCAACCGAUGAAAGUAUGCUCUCGCAGAUCAAGGAUGGAUUUGCUGAGGGAAAAGAUCUGGUUGUGUCAGUGAUGUCUGCUAUGGGAGAGGAGCAGAUCUGUGCUCUCAAGGACAUUGGCCCCAAGUAGUUUUCCUCCAUGUGUGGGGAAUACUUCAAGACUGGAACUUUAAACUGAGACAUUACUAUUUAGCAGAUAAUAGUAAUGUCCUUAAGUGGUUUUAUGUGAGUUUGAAAACUAGGGCCACUAAGUUCUGAAACAUUCUUGUUGAAAUGUGGCUUCCACUUAUUGCUAGACUUUGCCAUUGCUAAUUACCUUUUUAUAAGCAAUAUUUUUUGUUCUGUUUGAUCAGUACUGAACCAUUUCUGGGUUCAUGGUGUUGAGAAGUUAGAAAUGGUUCGUGGUGUUGAGAUGUUAAGUUAUAUCCGCCAUCAAAGACUGUAUAUACACUUCUUGGCACCUCAUGUUGUUUCAAUUUAAAGUUAUUCAGGUUCUCAUUA